CUUGUAAAAGGCGUGAUGGCUGAACAAAAUCCCACAACAAAUGUCGAAGUAAAUGAUGCUGAUAGUAAGACAGCUGGAGAUGGAGGAGAUGCACUCGACACUACUAAAUCGAAACCAGUAAAUGAAAGUGGAGUAGAUAAGGAGCUAGAUGAUCUCUUAGACAGUGCAUUGAAAGACUUUGAAAAACCAGCUCCUGUAGAAAAACCGACUGUAGUGUUAGGAAAAAGUGCAGGAGCUGCCACAAGAGGGGAGACCAAACCCCCUGAGGAUAAGACUGAUCCUAUGUCUGAAAUGUUUGCUGAGGAAUUCUCAGAUGAGAUGGCUAAACAGUUUGAGGAUGCGAUGAAGAACUUUAUGGGCAGUGAUCCAGGCCUGAUGCAGCAGAUAGAGAAACUGGCUGAGUCUGCUGACAGUGCAGGAGACUCGGCAGAAGCACAAAAGGAGUUUGCAAGCACACUGUCACAAACACUAUCUAGUCUGGCCCAGAACUCGGAGGGUUUAGGGGAUGAGAUGUCGGAGGAUGAGCUGAUGAAAGCCUUCACCAGUAUGGGGCUGGAGGAGGGACAAGAUGGAUUUAUGCCAAUGAUGCAGGGGAUGAUGAAAAACUUACUCUCCAAAGAUGUACUGUACCCGUCACUUAAAGAAAUGUCACAGAAAUAUCCUAAAUGGUUAGAAGAAAACCAAGAUAAAACAGAGAAAAGUCAACUUGAAAAGUACCAAUCUCAGCUAACCAUUAUACAAGACAUCUGUGAGGAAUUUGAAAAGGAGAAAGAUUCUGAAACAGAGGAAGUGAAAAAGCUAAGAUUUGAAAAGAUUGUAGAUAAAAUGCAGAAGAUGCAAGAAUUGGGUCAGCCUCCAAAAGACAUUGUAGGUGACAUGGCUCCAGGGCUUGAUUUUGAUGAGAACGGAAUGCCAAAAUUACCAGGAGCAGCAGAGGGACAAUGUGCAGUCAUGUGAGCUGAUAAACUGUGUGGUUGUCGUAGAGAUAGCCUUGUAUGUCUGUGAUAUUAUCAUGAUUAUCGAUGAUGUGAUUAUCAGCCACUACACCAGAAAUCCAAGGUGGUCAGUUUUUGUUGAAAUCAUGGAAUUGUAAGUAUUUUGGCUGUACCAGGUGGAUUCAGAUGUGGCUGGUCAAUUUGCAAUGGAAAUCAAGUCAUCUGCGACUGUUUGGUUUUUGAUCUAGGAGAAGUUAUCCUGCAGUUGUGUAACUGUUUGGUUUUUGAUCUAGGAGAAGUUGUCCUGCGGUUGUGUUCCCACUGCUCCAUACACAGAAUUACUACAGAAGUUCUGGCACAUUUUCCUCUUGUGUUUGAAUUACUUCCCUUUAUCAAGUUUUUGAAAGCACAGUGACUGUUGUUAAAAUUGGAGGGGGAAAGUGCUACUCGAAGUCCUUCUGAUCAGUUUAUCUUUAAAUCUGUUCUAGAAAAUUUUUCAAAUAAAUUCUUAAAUUUUAAAAAGUAAGAAAUAAUACUAUGACAUUUUAAAUUAUAAACUAAAAAUUAUUUAGAAUCUAAGUUGGCCAUUUGAUAAAGCAAUUUGAUGAAGCAAACUAUUUUACUUAUUUGUGAUGAUAAAUGAAAAAUCUUUAUUUACAGAUAUUCAGGUGACAUACCUAUAGUGCUGUAGUGUAUUUAGCUGGGUAGCAGCUACUCAGUUGUGACCUCAUUUAUCUUCUAGAAAGUUCAGCUGUUUUUUUGUACAAAUUUUGUAACCUACAGAUUAUCACAGGAUAAAAUAGGAUUGCCAGAUAAAAUUAAAUCAGAAAUAAUGGAGGUUUUAUAUAGAAGUAUUUACUGCAGCCUGUUGUAUUUUUAUAGAGAACAUGAGGUGUACGAGAUUCAUUUCUCACAUCUUCAUUAGCCAAGACCCUCGGCUAGCAAAGAUGCGUUUCUCAGUUCUCCCCCUUUUUCCAUUUCUUCAUUCCAAUUAAAUGUUUGCCAUUGUUAUGUAUAUAGCCAUCAUUCCUCAAUCAAGUUCUGAAUUUUAUUUCAUGAAAUAAGAUUCUGGAGUUUAUUAAUUAAACUUGGACAGAAUGGGGACAUGUUUGAGACCUUUCAGUGUGAUUUACCUUUUCAUGUAAAAUUACAAAUUUUAUCCCAAAGUUAUGUCCGUCCUCAUGCAUGUUUCACACUUACAACUGUAUUUAGGAUGUAAAACCCAAAACAAUCAAAUCACAAAAUUAAGUAGCAAAAAACAUGUUUCAUCUUUUUAUUUAUCACCCCGCAAAAUUGUUUUACAAGUGUAUAACAAACGUAUUAUUGAUUUUGUACGUAGAUUGCAAUUUUUUAAUGGACUGGAUAAUUGUGUCUCCACUGGUCCAGUGUUAAGAUCAGGGUUGUAGUAUUUAUUAUCUAUGAAUGUCAAUUAAUGGCAUUUUACAGCAUCAUAAACCGUGUUACAUAAUUAUACACAAUGUCAGUUUCACUAUUACAGCAUUCACACAGAGGUGAGAACUGUUUGAAGUGAGCCUAGCUGUCAUUUCUUUAGUCAUAAGAUAUUGUCAGAAAUUUAGAAUCUCGAUAUAGCAAACAAAAUUUUGCUCCAAAAUUUUCAUAAAAUCAAAAUCAGACAUUGAAUUUUUGCAUACUCAGUAUAUUAGAAAAAUGUCUUAAAUUGUGAUCAAUAUGAAAUUAAAAAUCUAAGAAAUGAAAUUCAACUUAAUACCCAAAUAUGUAAAAUUAAUAAAUAUGUAAAUAUAUUGUUAGAACCAUUUAUAGCUGUUUUGUGGGGACAUUUGUUUCAGAACUGUAAUGAAACAUUCUACUUUGAAAUUCUGUACAAGAUACAUUACGUGAGAUGAUCAUGAAAGCAUUAAAAGUUUACAUUUCUCUGUUUUUUAAUAGGAAGGGAAACACUUUUAUCUAAUUACGAAAACCUAGAACUUGCUUUCCUUGCUUUUGUUUGGUUUUGGUAUAAAAAAUAAGAUAUCGGAACAGCUAUUUGACGUACAAUUUAAAUUAAAUUUUCUAUGCUUUCAUACCUUAUAAUCUGUUCCCAUCUGUAUUGUGCGUUUUUUUUUUUACUCCUUUGUGAAAGAAAAAAAAAAUAAGCCAUAUCCCUGGAACUAGAUUUUUUUAACAUGGUGCCAUAGUAAUGAGCAUUUUAAAUAAUUUUCUGAUAGCACUUCCUUUUAAAUAUAUUGAUUACAAUUUAUUUAAGAAAAUGAUAUAUAAAAAAAUAUCUACAUUGAAAACUGCCUGCGACGGUUAAUUAUUAAAGAUGGUAUUUGCCAGGAAUUCAAUCAUUUUGAAAACUGGGCAAUCAUGUAAUUAUGCUCAAUCAUGUUUGUGAUUUUGUGAUAUUAGUUAUAAAAUGUGAAUUCUUAAGCAUUUAUAAACAACACUUGUGUUCAAAUGUGUGCUGUAAAAAUACACAGAAUGUGUGUUUAUUGGAGUUACUUCCCUUUGAGGGAAAAGUUGUGAAUCGGAAGUAAAAGGUAGUGGUUUUGUCGUGAAUGUUGAGUUGGAACUUGUAAAUCUAAUUACUGGGUUAAUCAUACUCAUGGGGCCAAUGACCCACAUGAUUCACAAAAAUCCUUUAAAUUUCUAUAAAUGGCCCAUAUAUUAUAUUACAGAUAUAGUUCUUUUUCUUCAAAAUGACCCAUCCAUUUGGUAACUCAAAAUAAUCCCUGAUAAAAUACUAUUAUAAGAAGUCAGGAAUUACAAAUCUUUAUACAGAAAACUUGUUACACUGAUCAGAUUUAUAAGUUUUUACUCUUGAUGAUUUGAUAGAGAUAGAUGUUUUAGUUUGGUGAGAAAUGUUAAAGAGAAAAUAUGUUCUUAUCUUUAUCAAAUAGUAAUGAGAAAGAUAGUUGGAAUCUUAAUUAUUGGACUUGAAUGAUUUCGCUUUGUUUGUUGAAUGAUUAUAUUACCAGGCAGGGGUUGAAUGAUUAUAUUACCAGGCAGGGGUUGAAUGAUUAUAUUACCAGGCAGGGGUUGAAUGAUUAUAUUACCAGGCAGGGGUUGAAUGAUUAUAUUACCAGGCAGGGGUUGAAUGAUUAUAUUACCAGGCUGGGGUUGAAUGAUUAUAUUACCAGGCAGGGGUUGAAUGAUUAUAUUACCAGGCAGGGGUUGAAUGAUUAUAUUACCAGGCAGGGGUUGAAUGAUUAUAUUACCAGGCAGGGGUUGAAUGAUUAUAUUACCAGGCAGGGGUUGAAUGAUUAUAUUACCAGGCAGGGGUUGAAUGAUUAUAUUACCAGGCUGGGGUUGAAUGAUUAUAUUACCAGGCAGGGGUUGAAUGAUUAUAUUACCAGGCAGGGGUUGAAUGAUUAUAUUACCAGGCAGGGGUUGAAUGAUUUCUCUAUGUUGAUGUAUCGUGGAAGUUCCAGGGUUUUUAUCUUUAUGCAACUCAGUGAAUGUAAAAAAGUGAUUUGAUGAACGUUGAUAUUUUGAUAUGUGUGUAUGUUAUUUCUAUAAUGUAACAGAUUUUGGGUGAAUGUUAUAAUGUAACAGAUUUUUGGGUGAAUGCUUUUCUAUAAUGUAACAGAUUUUGGGUGAAUGCUAUUCUAUAAUGUAACAGAUUUUGGGUGAAUGCUAUUCUAUAAUGUAACAGAUUUUGGGUGAAUGCUAUUUCUGUAAUGUGACAGAUUUUCUGUUAAUUUAAAGCAUAAGAUAUAUUGUAUAUCUUUCAGUUCUUUAAUGUUAAGUAUUGUUGAUGUAUUGGAAAUUUCAAGGGAUUUUGUUUUUACUUUUUUUUCAAAAAUACUUGUUAAAUGUUGUUCAACAAUGAUUGUUUGCCAGAUUUUUUAAUAUUUCAAAAAUUGAAUGAGUUAUUUUUUGGGAAAAAAAUACACACUAUCAAAUACUAAUUUUAAUGUUUUGUAAUUUAUCAUUUAAAAAUGUUUCAUGAUGAAUCAUUAAAUAGUAAUUUUGAUGUUUGAUAUUUAAUCAUUAAAGCAAUAAAUUAAUGUUUUGUAAAAUAUUUAUUUUGAUGCUUCCUCAUUAACCAGAUGUAGAAUGUUUACAACCAGCUGAUAUCACAACAUAGAGACAGGUACUGUAUACAGGCCGUCACAACAGGUACUGUAUACAGGCCGUCACAACAGGUACUGUAUACAGGCCGUCACAACAGGUACUGUAUACAGGCCGUCACAACAGGUACUGUAUACAGGCCGUCACAACAGGUACUGUAUACAGGCCGUCAUAACAGGUACUGUAUACCGUCAGUCUAGUGAUACUAUAUCACAGAAACCUGUAGAAAUAUUAAUGUUAAAAACUGCUUAACAAUUCAACUACACAUUCAAAUAAUUCCGGAAUAUUUUACGAGCGAGUUAAUGAAUAUUGAUAACAGAUGAACUGUAAAUAGACGUUUUUUACCUGAUCAAAUUUUACUACAUUAUCAAAUGUUAAAGAUUAGCCAGGACAGGAAAAAAAUCAACAUCACUUGUCCCUCCUGACAACGAAAUCUACUGGCCCUGGGUUUAUGAUCACCCUGGAUUAGCACAGAGUUGGGUAUUUGUUUACCCAUUAAAAGCACUGGUAAUUUGGUGAAUACUUUACUGUGAAAAGGCAUAAACUAUUUACUGUGAAAAGGCAUAAACUAUUUCCUGUGAAAAGGCAUAAACUAUUUACUGUGAAAAGGCAUAAACUAUUUACUGUGAAAAGGCAUAAACUAUUUCCCCUAAGAUAUGUACAAUAACAGUUUACAGGAAGAGUAUAUUAAAGUCUAUAUGGAAAAGGUUUUCAAACAAAUGAUAGAUUUUUACAGUAUUUAUCCCCAAUAUAAAACUCCCUCCUCUAGUACAGAGUAUUAAAGUUUGGGAAGGGUUUAUUUUUGAAUCACUUUUAGCUUAUUGUUUUAAAAUUAAUGACCGAAAAAGAGAAGAAGAAGCUUAUUUAUGGAUAAUUAAACCAAUAUAUGUGUACUAACAUCAGGUAACUACCUACUGUCAAAGAGUUUAGGGGACAGUAAGUAUGUAUACAUCUAACAGGUAUAGUUUCCUGAGACAUGUCUAGCUCCUCACGUUCUAUCAUUAAAGAUCAUUCUAGUCAAUUGAAUCAGUGUUUAAGUUAAUUGAACAGUUUUGGAAUGAUACAAAAGUUAUACUUACAAAAACCUCGAACUGUUGAUUCAACAUCAGUUUUCCAGUGUUAUUUUAAUUCUAUUUAAUUAUUAUGUUAUUAUGAAAGUAAUUGUGUAUGAAAGUAAUUUUUGUAUCAUGUAAGAAAGGCCAUGUGUGAAGAAGAGAUUAUUGGUGUUUGCCAAAAAAGAUUUAAUUCCUAUAGCAAGAAAUAAAUACUGAAAAAUCUUCAUAAAAA